CACCCGUGGUUUGUAAUGCCACCACUAUGUCGUCCUCUAAAUCUAUAUAUCCUCCCCUCCCAAAUCCCCCAUUACAAUUUACACAGAUCCGCCAUGGCUGCAAAGCUCAACCUUCUGCUAUUCAGUCUCCUCUUCAUCGCCGCCGUCGUCCGAUCUGAUGAUGCGGAUUGUAUAUACUCCGUUUACGUCAGAACUGGAUCCAUACUGAAAGCCGGCACCGAUUCCAACAUCACCUUAACACUAUACGACGAUGCUGGUUAUGGCAUUCGGAUCAAGAAUUUAGAGGCUUGGGGUGGACUAAUGGGUCCUGGGUACAACUACUUCGAGAGGGGAAACCUGGACUUGUUCAGCGGCAGAGGUCCUUGUUUGACCGGAACACCGUGUGAGAUGAACAUCACCUCCGACGGCACCGGAUCUCACCACGGUUGGUAUUGUAACUACGUGGAGGUGACGACCACCGGAGCACACAUCCCCUGCGCACAACAGACCUUCACGGUCGAACAAUGGCUUGCUACCGACACGUCACCAUACGAGCUCACCACCGUCCGAGACUACUGUGGAUCGUCGUCCAAUGCAUCCGGUGAGCGGCGCCACGUAAUCCGUGAGUCUACUUCUUCACUAAUUUCCGUCGUCUGAGAUGCAAUCGGAUUGAAAUGAAGGUUAGUUGUGGUGUGUUUUGUGGAGCAUCCGUGCUAAUAAACGCUUGAAUGGCGGAAAAAGUGAUUGAAGAUUUGGAUUUUGUAGUGAGAAAACCACAUGGAGGGGCGGAGCUUGUAGUUGUUGAGCUCUGAAUUCCAUCAGAAACUCUUUUUGACAUUAAUUCAUUCAAAACAUGUUUCCUUCUUCAUUUGCUCAUGUUUAUUUAUGGUAAAGCUUAAGAUAUCGAAUAUUGAAUUGCUUCAAUUCAUCAUACAUCUCUACAUAUUCUCU